AUGGAGGAGCCACAAAGUCUGCGAUCUCUGUUUGCAUCCGCAAAGGAGCAAAAGAAUGCACUGGGAUCGCGGGGUGAUACCAACGCCGAGACCUACAGAGAUGAGGUCAAUGCGACGAUUGCCAAAUUCCAAGAAUGCCAGCGACAAGUGAGCAUGCUAUCCCUGUUUAGCUCUAAUGAGCUGCUGGAGGAUAUAUCAACGGCCGAUAUCCAGUACAUGACACUGGAAUUCCACCUAGCCGAGCUUUUGCAGCGAGUUGCCUCCUCAGAUCGUGAGUCUGUUCUCAAGCGCGCGCUUGAACAAUACGAGAAAUACCUGGUGCGCCUGGAAGAGUACCUCCUACUCUCAGGAGGAGACAAGAAGCUCUUUGAGCAAUACAUGGCCAAUCCGACCUCGUUUACCCUGGCACCGGCCAAUGAUGCUGCUGCCCGGCGGGAGAUCAAAGUAACACGGUUUAGGGCAGAAAAAGAACUAAAGCAGAAAUUGGAGUACUUCGCCCGCAAUGAAGCUCGACUGCAAAGCGACGAUGAUGAUACCCGAUCCCUAUACCUAGCGGAGCUCCAACUCUACACCCAUCAAACCUUCCAGGCACUAGAUCUCCUGGUUCAGGAAUUGUCGAUACUUUCAGCGAUGCGCAAUGCGCCACCCCGGCCACCACCGACGGAUGAUCCCAGACAGCGAAGCAACAUCGGAGGAUUAAAUUAUUCAGAACGUUUGGACCCUUCAAUUUCGCAGCUUCUGAGGGGAGGCAAGGGUGGUCCUAUUCUAAACAGCAAAGGAAAGCCAAUGCAGCCAUUUACAUUGCUUGGCCGGCGUACAGAGAUGCAGCAAGGAGUGUUUCGUCCGGGUCAUAGCCUUCCUACUAUGACUAUUGAGGAAUAUCUUGACGAAGAGCACAGACGAGGAAAUGUCAUCGAAGGAGGAGGCGAGAAGUCCGGCAUCAAACCGCAAGUUGAUGAAGAUGAUCACAACAUUGCCGAUCAGGAAACGAUGAAGGCAAGAGCCUGGGAUGAGUACACAGAAGCCAAUCCGAAGGGAGCUGGCAAUACACUGAACCGGGGUUGA